AUGGUUGCAGAUGCUUUGAGCAGAAAAUCAAUGUCGGAAUUGCGAGCUUUGUUAGAGUGUUUAAGCUUGUCUAGAUAUGGUUGUUUGUUGGCUGAAUUACGAGUAGAACUAGAGCUAGUUGGUGAAGUUAAAAGGUUGCAAGGUUUCGAUAACCUCUUGAAGGCUCGCAUAGAGCAGGUCCUCCGAGAUGCAAAGUUGUCCAAUAAGAUUCUUCAUGAGGUGCAUUGCAGUUCGUUCGCAUUACAUUCAAGUAGCAACAAGAUGCAUCAGGAACUCCUGCAGUUGUAUUGGUGUCAAGGCAUGAAAAGAGAGGCAUCAGAGUUUGUCUCUAAGUGCUUAGCAUGCCAACAAGUCAAAGAAGAACAUUAG